AUGACUACAGAAUCCCCCCACCGAAUUGCCCUGCUCGGCCUCGGCACAAUCGGCCUCUCAAUGCUAGCUAUGCACCUCCGACGCCCAGACACCAGCAUAACAGUCUACGACCCACGCCCAGACUACGAAUCCCAACUCCGGAGCACACUCCCCUCCCUCCUCGAUUCCCCAGGCUCAACAACCCUAAUCGACGACCUAAUCCGCACAUCCCGCCUAAAACUCUCCACCACAGUCGCCGAAGCCAUCCAAAACGCAACAAUCAUCCAAGAACAAAGCCCGGAAGUCACAUCCUCGAAACAGGCUCUCUGGAAGGAAGUCGCCGGUCUCACUGGCCCAGAUACCCAUUUAUGGAGCAGUUCGUCGGGAAUUUCCGCGUCGGUACAAGCAGCCGGGUGCUCGGCUGCGGACCGUGUUGCUGAGCGCUUGCUCGUCGCGCACCCGUUUAACCCGCCGCAUCUGAUGCCGCUUGUUGAGAUUGUGCCUGGGCCUGAGACGGAUGCUGAGAGGGUUGAGUUUGUGAAGAGGUAUUUUGGCGAUAUACCCGGUCCUGCGGUUCCGGGUGGGCAUCAGUCGGGUUCGCAGCAUUACAGACCUAUUACGUUGCAUAAGGAGAUUCCUGGGUUUGUGGGGAAUAGACUUGCUUUUGCGUUGCUGAGGGAGGCGUGUCAUCUUGUUGGGGAAGGAGUUGUUUCGGCGAGGGAUUUGGAUUCUCUUGUUACGGCUAGCUUGGGACCACGGUGGGCUGGGAGUGGUGUGUUUGAGAGUUAUCAUGCUGGUGGCGGGGAGGGUGGGAUUGGGGCAUUUUUGCAGAAGCUUGCGCCGACGAUUCAGGAUGUGUGGGGGGAUUUGGGGCAGAUUGAUAUUCAGGGUGAGCAGGGGUGGAAGGAUUUGGUGGUUGAGCAGACUGAAGACGCCUAUGGGCCUUAUACUCCUGAGACAAGGAAGAAGAAAGAGGAGAUGCUGAGGGAUAUGGUAGAGAUGCAAAAGAAGAAAUGGGGAGAGUUGUGA